CUCUCUCUUUCUCUCUCUCUGUCUCGGAUGCCCGAAGAUGGCGUUUUCAAACGAGUACACACACCGCAAGGUUGCCGAGACCUCGGCUAAGUCAUGCGAGAUUUGCUACAAGCCCAGCUCCAGUGUCCUGAUCACAUCGGACAACAAAGACUGGUUCUACGUCUGUCCUUCUCAUCUCAAAGACACAGGCUUCUGCACCCCCAAGAUCGACCAUGCCGCCAUCGAAGCGCGCAAGAAGAAGGAGCUGGAAGACGAGAUUGAGCGGGUGAAGAAGGAGUACGAAGAGAAACAGAAGAAGAAGAAGGAAAAGGCAGAGAAGAAGGACGACAAGGACGAGAAGGAUGACACCAAAAAGACAGAUGACAAGGACAAGGACAAGGCGGCAGCAACGAAAAAAGAGGAAACAUCAGUUUCACCAGCCGAGGAGGAAGAGCCUCGCGUGUUUGAACUCAAACCCACCUUUUUCCAACAGCGGCUGUUCAAGAAGAGGCAAGCCGAGAUCGCCAAACGGAACCGAGAAAGACUGCGCGAUCCAAACUAUUUCCCUUCGGUGCCCAAGAACUUGCCUUGAUAUUGCUGCUUGGUCCGCUGCAAUCUCCGACGGCGAAUAUGCAAAAGAUGAUCAUUGUCCUACACAUGUAGGUGUCUGUGUAUCUUCAGGGCCGACGAUACCCACCUCAACCACAACCACAAAUCUUGGUUCAUUGUUGCGCGGAGAAAACGGUGCUGGAUGAUGGAUUCAAGUUCGCACUCCUGGACCACUCAGAGACGUGGUUCCCAGAAGGGUAACAAUUCCCACUCGGCAAAGAGGAGGGGGGCAAGCAGGGGUUUUGAGAGAAGAAAAAGGUUACCGAACCGAGUGCCCUGCGGCGCAGCAAAAGAGAGAGGCCACCACCGUUUUGCCUAACUGUUGUUGGCAGUUGUUGCUGCUGCAACUCAUAUCCCGCACACCGUUUUUGGGUCGUGCAGCCAUCCAAGCAGGUGGGGUGUGUGAGCUAAUGCAGCCCUCCUUCUUCGUAGGGCAGGAUAGGGCAGGAUAGGGCAGGCAAAAGAAUGCCAGGGUUUGCUGCACAGGGCGAGUAGAAAGUAGGGGGGGUGCCAACAGCGAGGAGCAUGCAGAGAGUUGAUGGGUUAGGGUUACACGGAUUAAAUCGAGACGUUUUUCUCGAACCACCAACCACGCAACAUACAUAUAUACCGAAUACCCUGUCCCAUGGCACUUGUGCGAGCGGUUCAGCCCUUUUUACACCAUCGCGUAGGGGCCGAAUGCGAGGUGCUUCUCUCGCAGGCCUCUUGGGGACCGAGACGAGAGCAACAACGACAGCAACGAAAAGGUUCAGGCACUGACUGACUGGCAUUCUUGGUGGGGGCCAUCCUGGGGAGAAUUGAUUGUUUCUGCCGAGUUUUGGGUAACCCUGUUGGCGAUCCCCCAGUCUUAUCUGAUUUUGUUUUCCCCCUGCUUAUAUGCAAAUAGUAUACUUUGCCGUGCCCCUCCGCCUUUUUCAUGUUUCCUUGGACGUGGGGUUUCUCUUUGCUGAGUCAAGUUGCUGCUGCGCCGUUGGCCUGCUUCUUCUUCCUU